AUGGGCUCCCAUUGUGCCAAGCUCGGCACAGGCCAUAGCCGGGGCCACGAAUCCUCCAUGAAGAAGCUCAUGGCCUGCAUGGGUCAGGAUAACUUCUCCUUGUCAUCAGAAGGCGAGGAAGAGGAGGAGGGAGAGGAGGAGGAGGAGGAGGAAGAGGAGGAGCUCCCGGUGCAGGGCAAGCUGCUGCUGAUGGAGCCCGAGCGGCAGGAGGAGGAGGGCGCCAAGGAAGACCCCGUGGCCCAGCAGAGCCCCGAGCCCAAGCAGACGCACUCCUGA